UGCGGGCGGCGGUGGAGCAGGUGGACGAGGCGCUGGACUGCAGUGAUUCUCUGGCGCUCUUCAGUGCUCUGCAGAACUCCAGUCUGGCGCUCACAGGACUGAUCCGAGAUCACGCCGGCUGGUACCUGGAGCAGCUGACCUCUGACCGAGAGCAGAAAGCCCUGGAUCUGGGCUGUGUGGAUCCGCUGGAGAGAGAUGAGCUGCAGGAGGGCGUCAGUGUGGCCAAUGAGGAGGCACAGAGAGACCGAACCUUGCAGCAGGCGGUGUGUAAAAUAAACGAGGCAGUGCAGCGUGGAGAAGCUCGUCAGACGGUUCGAGCUCUAAUGAAUACAGAUGCUCAUCUGCCAGACGUUUAUCCGUUUGCUGCAGAACUUUAUCAGAGAGAGCUGGCACCACUGCAUGCGUGUGUGUGUAUGCAGGGGGAGCUGCAACAGGAGGAGUUGUUUGUUGCGGUGGAGAUGUUGUCUGCGGUGGCUCUGGUUAAUCAGGCCGUGGAGGUUCAAGACUUCGGUGCGUUCAGUGCUACACUGCUCAGUCCUGCAGCUGGACUCGCCGACAUCGAUGACAGUCUGAUGCAGAGGUAUUUCGAGCAGCUGUGUGAGCUGAAGAGGAGGGCAGGUAAAGCUCUUCUCAGCUGGAACGAUCUGCAGACGGGACUGAACGCCGUCAACUCGGCUGCUCACGAGGAACAUGAACAGAUUCUCACCAUCGGUCUGAUCAAUCAGGCUCUGAGCCGCAGCGAUCCUCAGAAGACGCUCUCGGCGCUGAUGCUGGCCUCCAGCGGCCUGCAGGACAUCUUCCCGCUCAACGCCAGACGCUACCAUGAUGUGCUGACCCGAGCCAAACGACACAAGGCUGAG